CGGUGGCUGUUUCGUGUAACUUGCUGCUGUCCGCUGGCUAGUGGAGGUGAAAGCCCGGCUUUGAUGGCCUUAGACGCGCUUCUGGGUUCUGGCCCUCUGCUGUUCCUGGGCAUAGUCAUUUUCAGCUCUGUGACUAGCAGUGAAAAUGCAACAGCCAGCCCGGAAACCAAGAAGCUUUCCUGUGAUUACACGAAUGGAACAUGUACAGAUUUGAGAUUGAGUGGGCAUUUUUCCGAAUGUCCUGAGGAGUACGAGUACUUCUGUGUCAAGGGAAGAUGCCGCUAUGUUGUUGCAGUACAAACUCCAUCCUGCAUCUGUGAGAAAGGCUACACUGGGGAAAGAUGUGAGCGGUUGGACUUAUUUUAUCUAAGAGGAGAUCAGAGUCAAGUUGUGGUGGUUUCUUUGAUAGUUGUUAUGGUAAUGCUUAUCAUCCUGAUUGCAUAUAUCUGCACUUGCACUCAUUAUUGUCGGAAAAAACGUAGAAAGAGGAAACAGGAGGAAUCCGGGACUUGUGAUAAUCAGCAGCCAAUGAAAACUGAUGAUAUACAUGAGAUGGAUAUUGAAUUAAGGUAAACAAAAGUGCCUGCUGGCAAAUUCCAAAGACUUGUGCCCUUUUCCUUUUGAAGGCUUCCCUGAGGACUAGUGAUAUGAAAAUAAAUAAGGAAAAAUAAACAUGGGUAUAUAAC